GUCUCAGCCACGUCCCUCCUCACCGCCCAUCCUGUCUUUUUUCGAGAGACCGCGACGCGCAAUUGGAUUGCUAGGCACCCUACGAUCGGACGCGCAGUGGACAAAAUGCUUGUCUCUCUGACCGUCGGUAAGGUCGACGCCGGCGUAACUGUCCUGCUCACUCCAGAUAAACGUCUCAUCGAAUUCCCGUCCAUUCUUCUCCCCCCUGAUAUCUCUUCGGGCUCUAUCGUCGACAUCACAGUUGGGCGCAAUACCACCUCCGAAUCCGCAGCCGAGGAGCGCUUCCAAGCACUGCAAGACAAGAUCUACAAUGCCUUUGGUGCCGCACUACCCUCUACGCCGAUUCUACGAUGCCGAAACGCGACGCAGACUUCCGUCGUCCUGGAAUGGGACCCCAUCCAGCUUGCCACAGCCGACCUAAUCAGCCUGUCUUUGUAUCGUAACAAUAACAAAGCAGGCACGAUCCCGAAGCCCCUGCAGAUGCACACCACAAAGAUCUCCGGCCUGGCCGUUGAUACCCAGUACACUUUCCACCUGGUGCUAAGAACCACUGCCGGCACGUACACGAGCGAGAAAGUGGAUGUCCAGACACACAAGAUGACAGAUCUCAGCGGUAUCACCAUCACGACGGGUAUCCUGCCCCAGACCAUGCGUGAGAACCUGGCUGUGGCCGUAGAAAGGAUUGGUGCCAAGAUCGUGGACAGCGUGCGGAUAGAUACCACACACUUCGUGACGACCGAGGGCAGAGGCAUCCAGUGGGAGAAGGCGGUCGAGAUGAACAUUCCUGUAGUGCGGCCAGAGUGGGUGGACGCAUGUGAGCAAAGUGGGAGGAUCUUGGGCGUCACAAAGUUCUACCUGGAUGCUGUGCGGCCAGGCCCGCUGAGCGAGGAUCGGCCAGGCACGGCAACUCAGCAGCAGCAGCAGCAGCAGCAGCAGCAGCAGCAGCAGGCGUCCUUCGCGGCACCUGCUACCGCGCCAGCGCCGCCAGCGAAGGACAAAGACCUGCCCGCUGCCCCGUCAGCCGAGAAUGGUGAGGGCAGCAGCGAGAAGGCCCAGGAGGGCGACAAGGACGAGAACGACUAUGCCGCCUUGAACAAGGAGGAAGCCGUGGAUGGUGACGACGAGGACGAAUCCGACGAUGACGAUGAUGCUGCCAUCGACGAGGCCAAGGCAAAAGCAGAAGACGAGCAGAAGUCGAGGGCGGAAGACAAGGAGCAGAACCUGGCGGUACGACCGAAGGCGGCAGCAUUUGAGGAUCUGGACGAGGACAAGGCAGCACCAUCGCCCGCAGCAAGUCGAUCAUCGUUCCAGGAGGUCCAACUAUGAACCAUUAUGUCACGAUCUUCACGAGGCGGGCGCUUUGAUUGUACUUUGAAGGGGAGAAUUGUGUAAUACUUGAUGGCCCUCUUUUGUUGGACGCCAGGGUGGAAUUUGUGCUCCAUCGAGGAGAUGGGUAGAUACUAUGAUAAAGAAUUAGGACACGAUGACGGCCUUUACGAUCCCGAUGAGUGCUCUCUGCAUCGAUAGCGUUGGAUCCUCUGCCAAGAUGGACCUUACGGCAAGAUCUCCUCGCCCUUCCAAUCCCAACAUCUACCCCUCCCUUUCAGCCCAACAUCCCGAGUGACAACCUCCACCAUCUUGGCCGCAGCGUAAUCCGGGUCAAACAGCUUCUCCUUGGGCAUUGUGUCCCAGUAGUCUCUCGACAGGUCCGUCUUGACGGUACCUGGGUGGUACGCCAUGGCCAUGGCCUUGUCCCCACUCCGUGUCGCCAGCUGGAGGUCAAAGCCCUUGGCCAGGCUGUUUACCGCCGCCUUGCUGCUGCGGUAGCUGUACCACCCGCCCUUUCUGUUGUCGCUGACGCUGCCCACGCGUGCGGACAUGGCCACCCACGCCGCGUACUCGGGCAGGCGGUCAGCCGGGUCCAGAGCGAACUGCGUCCGCCUGCGCGGGAGGAAAUCUCCAAACCACUUCAUCAGGAGCAGGGGGCCGAGCGCGUUCACGCGGUAGGUCAUGAGCGCCUUUUCGGCGUCGACCAAACCCGUGGCCUUCUCCGGAUGCAGGAUGCCCGGGACCGCAAGGGCCAGGUGCAGGUGGUGCGCGUCCGAGGGGAAGAGCUCGGCGGCUCGCUCCGAGGCGGCCUGGAUAGCGGACUCGUCCGUCACAUCGAGGGCAACGACGUGGAGGCGGUCAGCCGGGGCAGGGGCAGCACCAGCGCGGCUGUUGGGCGGGAGAUCCUUGAGGAGACUGGACUUUACUGCGGCAGGGUUAUGGCGCGCGGUGGCCAGGAUGGGAACGUUUGUGGUGCGGAGGAGAUGCCUCGUGAGAGCAUGUCCUAUACCGCGGCUGGACGGAGUGAUGAGGAUCCAGGGGCGGGACAUGAUGGCAGGGAAAGGAGACCAGAAAAGGGUGAAGCAGUAGGAGAAGAUGGCUGCUCGUGAGGGCGGCUGCGUUUACUUGCUGCCGCGUCGCCCUGAUCAAACACACAUAUCAUGUCCCCCCUAUUACUGCAAC